AUGCAGCUCACAAACGCCCGACUGCUUGCCAGCAUAUGCGGCGUCUCCGCACACGUCCUGGUAUUCCGUGUGGGUGAAUGGGAUCUUGCUUCUCCGUCCAUCUUCGUCUUCCAUGCCCUCUUGGUUGUAACAGCUUUAUUUGCAUCUCGUGUUCAACUACUCGGACUUUCCGUAUCUGAACUAAUGACUUGUCUGGGAUACUACGUCGCAGGACUAUACGCCAGCAUGAUGAUGUACCGCGCAUAUCUCCAUCGCCUCUGCAAGUAUCCCGGUCCGGUCCUCGCCUCGCUCACAAAUUUUUACAUCACCGCUCGAUCGGUGAGCAAGUUUCAGCUCUUCAAAGAGGUUCAAAAGCUACAUCUGCAGUACGGUGACUAUGUACGCCUGGGUCCGUCUGAGCUCUCCAUUGCCGAUCCCAAGGCAGUCGAGGCCAUAUACGGGAGCAAGUCACCAACUACCAAAGGCCCAUGGUACACUCUGCUUGAACCACGCACGCCCGUCUUCAUGGUACGCGACAAGCGGGAGCAUGCCCGCAGGCGCAAGACGUGGGAUCUGGCCUUUACAACGAAAGCUCUUCACGGCUACGACUUUCGCAUCACAAAGGCAAUCACCGAGCUACUCCAAGUCGUCGACAGACACCAAGAGCAACCAAUUAACAUGACCACGUGGUUCAGCUUCUUCGCCUUUGACGUAAUGGAGGAUCUGGCAUUUAACAAGACCUCCCACAUGCUACGUCACGGCCGGGAAUCAUACAUCUUCAAGACUAUGCGCGGGGACAUGUACAGCAUUGCCUUCUUCAGCCAUCUGCCCUGGCUAAUGCCCUUUCUGAAGCGAACUCCCGUCUUGAACAGCAACUACCUCAAGUUUUGGCGUUGGAUUCAGAACCAGAUCGACGAGAGGAUCAAGAAUACACCAGACUGGCCCGACAUAUUCUCAUUUCUUCUGGCCGACUUCAACCGGGGCAGCAAGACGCAGCAGGAACGGUGGGACUUGCACGGCGAUGCGCAGCUCAUCGUCAUUGCGGGCAGUGAAUCCGUCUCUACCACCAUUACACACGUCUUUUUCCACCUGGCCCACGAUGCACAUCUCGCCCACGCACUCCAGAGAGAGCUCGACAUGCUGCCCGGUUUGGCACAUGACAAUCUACUAAAGAUCCCCUUACUAGAUGCCGUCAUCCACGAGACAAUGCGCCUGCAUCCCGCAGUUCCUUCGGGGACGCAGCGCGUGACGCCUCCAGAGGGGUUGACUAUCGGCGAGAGACAUAUUCCUGGAAACACCAUUGUUCAGGUUCCCUCCUACACCGUCUUCAGAGAUGCCCGCUGCUUUGUACAGCCAAACGACUUUAUCCCCGAGCGCUGGACCACGCGGCCAGACUUGAUCCUCGACAAGUCUGUAUUUAUACCAUUUAACAUAGGCACGAGUGCGUGUGUUGGCAAAAGACUGGCGCUCAUGGAGAUUCGCCGCGUGGUAGCCGAACUUUUCUGGCGGUACGAUGUUGGCAUCGCGCCCGGCCACACAAAGGAGGCCUUUCUAGAGGGGAAGCAGGACACGUUUACGCUGAUGUCGCCUCCGCUGCCGCUCGUCUUCACCCCGCGAAGCCGGUGA